AUGGAGACUUACCGUUUCGGCCAUGAAUACAGAAUAAAGAUACUAGUUUUAUUUGGCCUGCCCCUGGUCAUGACCGGAGGGAUCUUAGCUCAUGAGUUUAUGCACGCAUGGCUGAGGCUUCAAGGCGUGUCGCGCUUGAACCCAGAAAUCGAAGAAGGUAUAUGCCAGGUGAUGGGUUACCAAUGGCUGGAUUGGUUCGAAGCAGUAGAUCCAGAGGCAUCGUCUAGCAGAAGUGAGAAGGCUCAGUUCACGAGGAACUUGAAGAAAACUUUCAAGGGUGAAGUAGAAAACAUGUUAGACGGAGCUUAUGGUGAUGGAUUCAGAGAUGCUCAAUGGGCAGUCUCGAGAUAUGGCCUUGACCAUGUCAUCAGGCACAUUAUCCGCCAUAAAACUCUUCCGAGAGAGUGA